UUACGGGGCGUGACAGUUGAACAACAACAAUCAAGCUUCCGGUUUUUCCCCAUUCUUACUAGAGAGUUCACUAGCAUGUUCUUGUGAGCGUAAAAUCAGCAAGUUUAUGUAUAAUAGAUUUACGUGUACACUAGGUACAUUUUAUUAUUUUGUUUGUCGUGGAAUAAGAGCACCGAAAGAGCUAUUACUGACUUUGAUACGCCGCUUUAUUUGGCCAUUACACUGCGGACAACUUCCAAUACGGGUUAUUAUGAGCGAAGGAGAGGUAUUCCAUGAGAAGCAGCGACUGGAGUUGUGCGCCAUUCAUGCUCUGAACAACGUUCUGCAAGAACAAGUGUUCACCAAGGAGACGGCAGAUGACAUCUGCAAGCGGCUAGCUCCACAGUGUGUGGUGAACCCUCACCGCUCGAUGCUGGGCACAGGCAACUAUGACGUCAACGUCAUCAUGGCUGCCCUACAGAGCAGAGAGUUGGCUGCAGUAUGGUGGGACAAACGCAGAACAGUACAGAGUCUCUGUGUUGACAAGGUCCAGGGGUUCAUCCUGAACGUUCCGUCACGUGUCUCUCUUGGAAUUGUGUCCCUCCCCGUCAAGCGGCGGCACUGGCUUGCAGUGCGCCAGGUUAAUGGACACUACUACAACCUCGACUCCAAACUAAAGAGUCCUGUCUGCAUCGGGAACGAAGCAGAUCUCCGUACAUUUCUCAGUGAACAGCUGUCUCCGGACGUGGCAGAGAUGCUCCUGGUUGUGAGGAGGGACGUGGAGGAGUACGGAACCUGGCUGAACUCUGAUGACCUCAGGAAGUGAUUCAUCUGGCCUGGGCAUUUCAUUCAUUCAACAUGGGACUCAAACUCCUGCUCUACUCUGGAAAAACAAAUAACAUUUUAGAAAACAAGAGACUCUUAACAAAAAGUACAUAUUUCAGGAAAUGCAUUACCGGUUGCUGAGGAGUGUGGGCACUGUUACACACACGAAGUUCCAAAGAGAAUUUAAGAUGACGAGGGAUUUCUGUCCCAAAUGGCUUGUUUGUAAGUUUACUGGCCUUUGUUUGGAUUUCUACACUACAGCAGCAUCUAUAUCCUCUUUCCUUCUCUCUCUUCCUUCCUUCUCUUCUCUUCCUAUGCACUGCACUGUCAAGGUAGACCAGUUAGAACUGGUUUGUCUUUUAGUUAUUCUAUGCACUGAGAAGGUACAGAGGAGGCACUGGAUGUCAUGUUGACAACUGACUGUGUGAAAAUAAUGCUUCUAUGUUUGUGUUCUGUCUGCGUUUACAUCUAACUGCAUAUCCAAGUGAAUGGGAGUACUGUCUUUCUGUUACACGCGCUCAAACUACACACACAGAGGAUAUAAAGAAAAUGUUAUUUAUAUGUAAUGAUGUGUCUCAUUGUCUUUGUGUGCAUACAAUCUUUGAGGUUCAGCAGUACCUUUUGAGUGAUUUAAACAAGGCAACUUUAUUCAUUGUUAUUUUAUUUAUAUUAGACUCUGGAGUGAAAAAGGAUGCCAUUCAAAAGGAGCAUUGAUUAUACCAUACAAACGCAAUUCAAGGGUUAACAAGGUCAGUAGGCAAGGAGGGUGUUCAAUGAAAUCUGACAUCACAUAUUUACAUAACAUCCUAUAGAGACCCCAGAAACCCACUGCUAUAUAGUUAUUGCUAUUUAUGGUAGGGCUACUGCAGCACCAGUGGCAGGAGUUUUAUUGCUAUGUGCCUGCUGUCAUUGCAUGGGAUUUGUAGUUCUCUAAUGGUCUCGAGGUUGGAUGGGAGUUGUAGUUCUCCAUUCAGCCUACAAAGAGGUGGUACUAUAGCCCUCUCUUGAAUGUUCUUUUUAAGAGCAAAGUUUCAUGAGGGGAUGGGCAACUCCAGUCCUUGGGGACUUGGUGUCCCUUCUGCCCCGGACUCCAAUAAUCGCCUAAUCAUGAUCUUCAGUUUAGAAUGCAAUUAGUUUAUUCACCACUCCGGCCCCAUGGACAGGAGUUGCCCAUCCCCGAUUUAGAUAAUGUCAUCAACAGUGAAAUGUACAGUAUAGUAUCAGAAGGUAAUACAAGGGAGGUACAGAAUUUUCACCUAUAAAAAGUAAAUCAAAUAAAAAUUGCACGUUGAAUACCAAGUGAGGAGACUGCAUAUUCAUUCACCCAAAAAUGUGUCUUGUUUCUAUGUGUCAGUGUUUCUCUACAACAAGAUAUAGAUAUAAAAACGUGAAAAUAAAUUGGUGCUACAUUUAAAAAAACAGAACUACAAUGUCAUAACGUCAAUACCAUUCUGGCUCGCCUCGCAACUGACACUGGACAGACAAGGGGGAUUGUAAGGGGUGACUUUGACCGAGUGAACCUGGUUCAGACCUCUUCAUAAUCAUGCUACCUACUGUAUCUAUCUGACAUUAGCUUACUGUGAGGUUCUA